GCGGCGCGUCUGGAGAGGUGGAGCCCAGAGGUGGCUGCGAAACGCCCCUACCUCCCGCGGUCGAAGUGGUUCAGCCCUAGAACUUUUCAUUCAUAAAAAGAAGGACUCCGCGAGGCACUCGUGAGUCAGAACCCCAGCAGCCGACGCGGACCCCACAGAGCAUCAGCCCAAGGCAUGUUCCGAGACUUCGGGGAACCCGGACCGAGCUCCGGGGCCAGCGGCGCGUACGGCGGUCCCCCGCAGGCCCCUGCCGCCGCGCAGGCUGCGGCCCAGCAGAAGUUCCACCUUGUGCCAAGCAUCAACGCUGUGAGUGGCAGUCAGGAGCUGCAGUGGAUGGUACAGCCUCAUUUUCUGGGACCCGGCAGCUACCCUAGACCUCUAUCCUAUCCCCAGUACAGCCCCCCACAAUCCCGGCCAGGAGUCAUCCGGGCCCUGGGGCCACCUCCAGGAGUACGUCGCCGGCCCUCUGAACAGAUCAGUCCAGAGGAGGAGGAGCGCCGUCGAGUAAGGCGCGAGCGGAACAAGUUGGCCGCAGCCAAGUGCAGGAAUCGAAGGAAGGAACUGACUGACUUCCUGCAGGCGGAAACGGACAAGCUAGAAGAUGAGAAAUCUGGGCUGCAGCGGGAGAUUGAGGAGCUGCAGAAGCAGAAGGAGCGCCUGGAGCUAGUGUUGGAAGCCCACCGACCCAUCUGCAAAAUCCCAGAAGGAGCCAAGGAGAGGGACACAGGAAGUACCAGCAACACCAGCAGCCCUCCAGUCUCCUGCUGCCCUGUACCUUGUAUCUCCCUGUCCCCAGGACCUGUGCUUGAACCUGAGGCAUUGCAUACCCCCACACUCAUGACCACACCCUCCCUGACCCCUUUUACCCCCAGUCUAGUCUUCACCUACCCAAGUACCCCUGAGCCCUGUGCCUCAGCUCAUCGCAAGAGUAGCAGCAGCAGUGGGGACCCAUCCUCUGACCCUCUUGGCUCCCCCACCCUCCUCGCUUUGUGAGGCACCCCAGCCCAGCUCCCCACAGGUGCCACCCUAGCGAACAUCUCCUCCCCUUCCCCAACUGGUCCAGCUGGCCUGGACCAUAUCCCACACCCAACCCAGCAGGUUCUUCUCCAUCCCUCCAGAUAAGACUGAGCUUAUUUUGCUUCCCAAUAGAGCCAGCUUGGGGCCACCAGAAUUGCCCACUGUUUUUCUAGAGCUGGCCUCUCUAGCACAAUUUGCACUAUAUCAGAGACAAAAUAUCUCCCACUUGGGCCAGAGGAAUCCUAGCAGCCCAAAGAGACUUUGUAGACCCCUUGAGUCUUCUGGAGCCCUAACCCCUUCAGACUACCCCCAAACUCUACAUCACCCUCUUCCUGUGAUCCACCCAACUCUACCCAAUGACAUAAGGUGCCAUUCUACCAGCGUGCAACACUAAUUCACCCAGCCCCACUGCCAGCAGCAGCAGGUGAUUAAGCCAGGGCAUUCUACCUGCUCCUCCUGAGUUGCACAGCUCAGGAGGAGCCAGAGGUUUCUGUGAUGAGCUGAGUUGCAGACCCCAGCUCUGAGAAACCUUCAGUUCCAGGAAAUCCAAGCCUCCACAGUGAGGGCAGCUGCUAUUUAUUUUCCUAAAGAGAGUAUUUUUAUAUAAACCUGCGAAAAUGGAAUAAAAGGCUUGAAGCUCUG